AUGCUCUUCCGAUUCUCUCUCCUCCUGCUUCUCCUCCUCUCUCCGGCCUUCGCUUCUGAGUCAGAUCACAAGUAUCAAAAAGAUGACCCAGUUACCCUUUGGGUGAACAAAGUAGGCCCUUAUAAUAAUCCACAAGAAACAUACAACUAUUACAGCCUCCCAUUUUGCCGUCCACCUGGUGAUGCUCCUCACAAAUGGGGUGGUCUAGGCGAGGUCCUUGGAGGCAAUGAACUUAUUGAUAGCCAAAUUGAGAUAAAGUACCUAGGGAAUGUGGAAAGGACCACGUUUUGCCGUUUGAAACUUGAUGAUGCAAAGGUUAAACAGUUCAAGGAUGCAAUAGAAAAUAAUUACUGGUUUGAAUUCUUCAUGGAUGAUCUUCCAUUAUGGGGGUAUGUUGGGGAGCUGCAUCCUGAUAAGAACAGUGAUAGUGGCAAGCAUGUCCUUUACACACACAAGAACAUCAUUGUUAAAUACAAUAAUGAUCAGAUCAUUCAUGUGAACCUCACCCAUGAUGACCCAAAAUCUUUGGAAGUAGGAAGGUCGUUGGACAUGACAUAUUCUGUCAAAUGGAUUCCCACUAAUGUCACUUUUAGACACCGGUUUGAUGUAUAUCUGGAUUAUCCAUUCUUUGAGCAUCAGAUUCAUUGGUUCUCCAUUUUUAACUCUUUUAUGAUGGUUAUAUUCCUAACUGGACUGGUGUCUAUGAUAUUGAUGCGAACACUGAGAAAUGACUAUGCAAAGUAUGCUCGGGAAGAUGAUGAUUUGGAAACUCUGGAAAGAGAUGUCAGUGAAGAAUCUGGUUGGAAACUUGUGCAUGGUGAUGUUUUUCGGCCUCCUCGCAAUCUGGCGCUUCUUUCAGCUGUAGUUGGUACAGGUGCUCAGCUUGCAUUGUUGAUUCUUCUUGUCAUCUUGUUAGCUAUUGUUGGGAUGUUAUACGUCGGACGUGGAGCCAUUGUCACAACAUUCAUUGUAUGUUAUGCUUUCACAUCAGUCAUUUCUGGUUAUGUAAGUGGGGGGAUGUACUCACGUAAUGGGGGUAAAAGUUGGAUUAAAUCCAUGAUCCUUACAGCGUCUCUGUUCCCAUUCUUGUGCUUUGGAAUUGGAUUUAUCUUAAAUACCGUUGCUAUAUUCUAUGGAUCUCUAGCAGCAAUCCCCUUUGGUACAAUGGUGGUUGUCUUUGUUAUUUGGGCUUUCAUCUCUUUCCCUCUAGCACUUCUUGGCACAGUUGUUGGAAGAAACUGGAGCGGUGCUCCAAAUAAUCCAUGUCGCGUCAAGACCAUUCCUCGUCCCAUUCCUGAAAAGAAGUGGUACCUCACACCCUCUGUAGUUUCUUUGAUGGGUGGACUGCUUCCUUUUGGCAGCAUAUUCAUCGAGAUGUAUUUUGUAUUUACUUCCUUCUGGAAUUACAAGGUGUACUACGUCUAUGGCUUCAUGCUACUGGUUUUUCUGAUUCUCAUUGUUGUUACCGUAUGUGUGACAAUUGUGGGGACAUACUUUUUAUUAAAUGCUGAGAACUACAACUGGCAAUGGACUUCUUUUCUUUCAGCAGCCUCAACAGGUGUUUAUGUAUAUUUUUACUCAAUAUACUACUACUAUGUGAAGACAAAGAUGUCAGGCUUCUUCCAAACUAGCUUCUAUUUUGGAUAUACUAUGAUGUUUUGUCUUGGAUUGGGAAUUCUCUGUGGAGCUGUGGGUCAUCUUGGUUCGAAUUUGUUCGUGAGGAGGAUCUACCGGAAUAUCAAGUGUGACUAA